UCAAAACAUGAAAUCUGCCUUGUGCCUUCUAUCAGACACAUUAACAAAGCCUAAAACGCAGCCUACUGCAUUUUUGAGGCCAUAUGUGAAAACACAUAGUUCCCGAUAAGAACUUUGAGUAUUUCCGAGAAACCAACUUGACUGCGAGCAAUAGCUGUCUCUUUCUAUAUCGCAGUGAUGAUAAUGAUGAUGAUAAUGAUUGUUACAUAGUCGUUUGCCAGAUGUGUAAUUGUGCUUACACGAAGAUCUUGGCUGUGCUCAUAAAAUUGGCGAGGAAAAUAAACAAAUAAAUGUUGAAUAAUGCGUGAAGAAUAAAUUUAAAUUGGUAUAAAUUAUGCGGCGAGCGACGACAGUUUCUAGGCAAACGCUAGAGGACAGAACCGAGGCGCGCUUGCAAUAAAUCUCACGGGGAUUUCAGAGAUGGGCUCUUAUCUCAGAGCCGGAGCCUGAUAAAACCAAAAACAAAAAAAAAAACAAGUCCAAAUAACAAGCUGUCGACUGGUUGUUGACAAUUGGGGGUCUGCAAUAGACGCGCUUUGCAAUUGGACAAUAAAAACCAUGGAACUGAUAAUAAACACAAAGGCGGGAAGCCGAACGCCAAUGCAAAUUGGGGCUUGGCACGGAAGUUUGCAGCCACUUUGGACGCAAGCCAACAACACGGAGAUGAUGCAUAGAGUUAUUUAAUUUGUUCAUUUAUCUAAUCGGGCGUGUUCUUAGGGAUCACAAUAAAACCGAAUUGCUACUGUCAGCGGCAAGAUACUGAUGAAUAAUGGCCAGGCUCUUGAUGAUGAUGAUGAUGAUGAUGUUGAUUAGGCUGAAGAUGCUGCUAACCCAUGCCAGAGCAUCAUGCACUUCACUUACCGCACAACUAUCGAGCAGCAAAGAUGACGGUGGCAACCGCGGCAGCAACUCGGCCCAGAGCCAAAGCCUAUCGUUUGGAGGCGCCCGACGGCGGCUGGGGCAUCCUGGUCUGCAUUGGCAUGGCCUUGCCGUUUAUUAGCGCCUUGGCGGCGCUGCCCUCGUUUGGCCUGAUCUUUGGCGACUUCCUCAAAGGCAUCGGCGCCGAGACGAGCGCGAUCGCCAUCAUCACCAGCACCUUCUUCUGCUCCAUGAGCUUUGCCGGCCUGUUCUCCGGCUCGCUGUUUCGCCGCUUCGGCAUGCGUCCGGUGGGUCUGGUCGGCGGCAUACUCUAUUUUCUGGGCACGGGCAUGCAGUAUUUUGCCAAUUCCACGCUGCAGCUGACGCUGGCCUUCAGUUUGUUCCAGGGCACAGGAUUCGGUUUGAUUGUGCCCACCUGCUAUACGUCGUUUAACAAUUACUUUGUCAAGAAUCGCGUCAUGUGGAUGAGCUUCGCCCAGACGCUAAUUGGCCUCGGCUCGAUGGUGUAUCCCAUUCUGAUGCAGAAACUCCUGCAGUGGUAUGGCUUUCGUGGCUGCCUCCUGGUGCUCACGGCCAUCAAUGCGAACGCGGUGCUGGGCAUGCUGCUCAUGCAUCCCGUUGAGUGGCAUAUGCGACGCGUGCCCCUCGAGGAGGAGCAGAAGGAGGAGGAGGAAGAGGAAGCCGAGCAACUGCAGCCCGUACAGCCGACUGUCGUUGUGCAUAUCCAACCGGAGACGCCACUGAAGCCCAUACCAGAACUCGACUUUGGACCAGCAGCAAAUGUUGCCUCCAUGCCCGUAUCGAAUUUGGGCUCGCGUCGCGUAUCGCACGCUGACGACCACACGCUGCGUAUCAUCUCCAGUCGCGCCUCCAGCAUUACCAGCCUGGGCAACUGGUCUGGCCCGAUGGUGGUCAGCGAUGCCUCGCCCCAAAUGAUGCACAGCCUCCAGGCGUCACGCCGCCAAUCGGUUAUAAGUGGCGCUUCACCCUGCCGAUCCGCAUCCGCAGCCAACGAGGACGAAGACCUGGACGUACCUGGCGAGACGCGCACCUGCUGCGGCACCAUUGUCGAUUUCCUCGACCUGACGCUUCUCAAGAAACCCAUCUACGUGAACAUUGUGCUCGGCAUCACAUUCGCUUUAUAUUCGGACAUCUCGUUCUUCACCAUGCAGCCCUCAUAUCUCUUCGAACUGGGCUACAGCAAGGCCGAUACGGCAAAUGUUAUAGCUAUCGGAGCCGCUGCGGAUUUGCUAUCGCGAAUUUUUCUGGCAUUUACCGCGAUUUUCAUUCAAGUUCCCGCUCGUUACAUUUAUUUGGCCGGCGCGCUGUUCACUAUUUUCGCUCGAUUUGCUCUCAAUGGCAUCACCGAUUUUGUGGGCAUGGCCUGCAUCACGGCUGUGCUCGGCUUUUUACGCACUUGGAUACAUGUACCGCUGCCCUUGGUAUUUGCCGAUUACUUGCCAAAGGAACGCUUUGCUAGCGGCUAUGGCUUGUUCAUGUUUACACAGGGUAAUGCAAUGUUUAUCAUUGGGCCGAUCGUUGGCUAUAUACGAGACUGCACGCAGGAUUAUUUGUUGGUUUUCCAUAUAUUGAACGUAUUCAUGGCCCUGUGCGCCGUGCCCUGGAUCAUUGAGGUGCUGAUCGUCAAAUUUCGCCGGCGCAACAAAAUUGAACGCAAUAAUGUCUGCGAGCACGGUAAUGGCAACAACAACACGGUGCAUUAAAAGCACUUUGUUAUUCUAUUUUAAUUAAUAUACAAUAGCAAAUGUAUAUUCAUGUACGUUUUGUAGGUAUUAUUGUAUUAAAGAUAUGCUGAUAGCAGCAAAAACAGUUACUAA